AUGGGUCGCACGUAUCCGCUGCCCGAUGCUUGUGGCAAGCAGUACGAGUCUGACAAGAAGAGCAAUCCCACCUGGAGUUGCUGUAAGAAGGAUCGCUUUCCGAAGAAGGCUCGCGAGCACAAUACUGGCCGUCUUUGGGACGGCGAGGGCAAGAAGAAGGCACAGUUCAACAGGACCUGCUCGGCUCCGCCCUCCUUCAGCUUCGGCACCUCCACGCGCUUCCACGCGCAGAAGCUGGCUCGGUGUCUGGCGCCAGCGGAUGCCAAGGCCUUCAGCUCUCAGCCCAAGAUCGUGCCGCCCAGCCUCGACCCUCGCCGCGCCGCGCCGGCGGAGUCUUUUGUUGCGAUCGAACGGGGAGAGGUGUGCGUCGCGUGGAAGUUGCCCUGCCAGGAGAUUGUGAGGUUCACGGACGUGCCCAAGGGAGAACUUACGCUUACCGCUUACCUGCUGUUUUCCGGUGCGGGCGUGCGCUUGCCCUCGAGCCGCGUGCGCCGGGUUGCGGCGGCGCGUUCGGCGCCCUUGCUGCAGCAUGCCCUGAAGGCCUCUGCUGCGACGUCGUUCACGUUGCGCUGUGGUGCGGAGGGGCGCUGGCGACUUGCUGCUCCGAAGAAAGUUGGUCUGGGGGUGGCCGGCGCUGACCGCUGCGUGAACUACGGCUACCGGGCGCCGGUAGUUGUUGAGCGGGACUUCGGUGGCCUCGUGCGUGCGCCGCUCAACGGCCCAAGGCAGGUCUUGCUCAAAUGCGGCAGCAUCCAAGGCGGCUUUGUGGUCGCCGAGCUCGUCUGCCGCAAUCUGUCGACGACUGUGCAGGCUGCACGCUGCCAUCCCCUGGCCAUAUCGCGGGUGCUUUUCGAGCACCGACCCACCUGCGAGGGCGAGCCAGUCUGGCACCGCAAAGCCAGCGGCGGCCGGCCGGGCAUGGCCCCCGGCAAGCUCUGUCAACUCCCGCAGGAGGCGCAGCGUCAGGGUCAAGCUCGGCAGGCGACAUUUGCAUUGGCACGGGUGAGGCCCAUGGCGCCGGGGCCUCAAGCUCCCUGCGCCAGGCUGCUGGUCGCGAUCAGUGUUCUUUCGGUGCCGGCGCCUGCCAAAGUGAACGGCCCUGCCUUGUGGCAUGACUUUGAAGGCGGGCGCUGGGGUCGGGACGCCGUCAAGCUGGUCGCCAACCUCGUCCGGGUUCGAGUGCGGAGCGCCGCCGUCGCGUGGGAGCGACGAUGGUGGAAUCUCUUUCAGUUGCCGUCCAGUCGGCGCUGCGGGGUCGUUGCUCAGCUUCCGCCCGCGCCAUUGGGGAUUGGAGCCGAGAAGGGGCCGCCGCUCGAGCAUGUGCUCGAGCCGGGCGCUGUCCUGGCGGCCUUGCCUGAGGCAACAGCUGCAGAGAUUAACGCCUUUGAUGCGGAAGGCCAAUCACUUUUAGUUUGGGGCGCGGGGCGGGGACUCACCAGCUUCUGCCAGCGGUUGUUGGAGCACCACCACUUCCGGGAUACCACCUUGAGGACGCCGUCGGCUGCCGGGGAGACUGCGAUCCACGCGGCUGCGAAGCAUGGCUGGGCGUCCACCCUGCUGGCGCUGCUGAACCAUCCCCGGUCCAAGCGCUUGGCGGCGGCCAGGAGUGCUGCGGGUGGCACUGCCCUUCACUGCGCCGCCAAAGAAGGGCAUGCCAUGGCAGUAAAGGCGCUGCUGGACUGCCCUGGCUUUGAGGCCAAUAUGCAGGAUCAUGGUGGUCACACCGCCCUUCACCUGGCGGCAGGCCAGGGGCAUGCAAUGGCUGAAAUGCACCAGCUACCCGCCGCUUGCGGCUGGUGGAUUUUCUCCAUCCGCAGGGGUGUUUUGCCACAGUGCAGUUUUUUCCCCAACAUGCCCCGGUCCAAGAGGGUGGGGAGUGCCGGCCAAGAUGCUCCACAUGCUGCCGGAACCCACGGGAGAUUUUUUUGA